GACGCGCCACCCGAGACCUCCGUGUCACCACAGGAGUCGCGGCAAGUCACGAAAGUGCGUAAAAAAGGUUGUAAAAGUGUGCCGCAGUGCUAAGUGAAGUCACAGAGCAAGACGGAAGAUGAGGGAGAUGAAGGAGGUGUUUAAAUGCAGGGACUACGAUGAAAUCACUGCUUUCCUUGGCACACUGGGGCCGUUCCAGCUCCUCAUCCUCGUCUCUCUGGCCAUCAGCAUCCUUCCCAAUGGAUUUGUGGGCAUAUACAUCGUUUUCGUGGGUGACACCCCGGCCCACGAGUGUCUCAUUCCCGAAGGCUCCAACCUGAGCGAGGCCUGGAGGGUCGCCAUCAUCCCCGAGGUGCAGGGGGACGGCAACAUGCAGCGCAGCUCCUGCUCUAGGUACCAGUUGGACGUGGUCCAGAAGUUGUCAGACCAGCACCAGCUCCCCAACGUGGACGUCAAUAUGUCCGACAUUGAGCAGGAGAGCUGCAGCCAGGGCUGGAUCUACAGCCAGGAGACCUACAGCUCCACCAUUGUCACGGAGUGGGACCUGGUGUGUGAUGAUGAGUACAAAAGACCCCUGACUUCUUCAAUAUACUUCCUGGGUGUUCUGGUGGGAACCUUCAUUUCCGGACAGCUGUCUGACAGGUACGGCAGGAGACCUCUGCUUUUUGCCAUGAUGGCCAUGCAGACCAUUGCGAUCUUCAUCCAGAUCUUCUCACCCAGCUGGGAGGUGUUCACUCUCGUUUUCUUCUUCGUGGGCUUUGGCGGAUUUUCGAACUACGUGAUAGCUUAUGUGCUAGGUUCGGAGAUCCUAAGCCCACAAACACGAGUGCUGUUCUGCUCCCUGGGGGUCUUUCUGAGCUCUGGCCUGGGAUACAUGGCAAUGCCCCUGGCGGGGUACUUCAUCCGCAGCUGGCGGUGGUUCUUGGUGCCCAUGGCAGCUUCUGGACUGAUCUACAUCCCUCUGUGGUGGAUUGUGCCAGAGUCGCCCCGCUGGCUCCUCUCCCAGGGCAGGGUGGAGGAGGCCGAGGCCAUCCUGAGGAAGGCUGCCAAGAGAAACCGGGUCACAGCACCAGAGGUCAUCUUCACCCCCGCAGAGAUAGAACAUGCUCUCGCGAAGAAAACGGAGAAGUACAACGUUCUGGAUGUUCUGAAGAACUGUAACAGUUUCAUUGUCAUAGCUAUAUGUUGCUUAAUUUGGAUGGUGAUCACUCUGGGUUACUACGCCCUGGUUCUCAACACCUCCAACCUGCACGGGAACCCCUACUUCAACUGCUUCCUGUCAGCCGUGGUGGAAGUGCCUGCCUACCUGAUCGCAAUGCUCUUGCUCAAAUUCUGCUCCAGACACUUUUGCCAGUCCUCCACUCUCCUGCUGGGCGGUGCUGUCAUCCUCCUUGUGCACCUUGUCCCAACAGAUUUACCCGGGGUGGCAAUCUUCUUGGAGAUGGUGGGCAAAUUUGGGAUGACGGCGGCAUUCUGUAUCGUCUACGCAUUCACGUCUGAGCUCUUCCCCACCGUGGUGAGGAAUGUGGCCAUGGGCACCUGCUCUAUGACAGCCCGCAUUGGCAGUAUCAUAUCCCCCUUCAUCAUAUACCUUGGAAACUACUACAAGUACCUGCCCUACAUCCUCAUUGGAAGCGUCACUGUGAUCGCGGGUCUGCUCUGCCUGUUGCUGCCAGAAAGCUUCGGAAAGACUCUGCCGGAAGAAAUCGGACAGAUGCAGACAGUCAAAGGGUUAAGAAAAAAGGCAACGUUAGAUAAAGUCAACGGACCUGAGGACAGCAGCCCUGUUACUGUAAAAGAAGAAAGAUUUUAAUUCAGAUCAUAAUGCAGUAAUGACCAUUAUUACUCUGUAUUUACCCAA